CCAAAUACAUCAGCAUUGGGAAUCGAGAUUACGAUUAAGGAUGCUAAAUGGUCACAAGGCUGGACUUUCAGGGACUAGUUCAGGACUAGUCCGAAACUCAUCCCGUGAUCUAAUUCGACACUUGAUAAUUAACGUUAAUGUUAAAAAUAUAGACGAUCAACAGGAAAUAGCUGCAACCGGUUUCGGACUGG